CCGGCGUUCUCCUCGCGCUCUGUCCCUCUGGCUCAGUUCGCUCUGUAUUAGUAGUUAAUAAAGGCACCGAACAACAUGAAUAAUGAAAACGGGAAAAGACGAAAAGUUGGAGUUGUAGGAUAUGGACACUUAGGACAAUACUUAGUAGAAGAAAUACUUCAAAGAAAUGAUCUAGAGCUUAGUUUUGUUUGGAACAGAACUUUGGAAGUAAUCAGGGGCAAAGUAGAGGAUCGUUAUAUUUUGGAAACUCUGUCAUCAUUUGCAGAAAGGGCUCCAGAUUUGAUUGUAGAAGUUGCACAUCCUUCAAUAACUGUGGAUUAUGGUGAAGUUUUCCUUGAUGUUGCUGAUUACAUGAUUGGUUCACCAACUGCCUUGGCAAACUUGGAUGUUGAAAACAAGCUGAGACAGAAGGCUUCCAAUGGUACUCAUGGCAUUUACAUACCAAGUGGAGCACUUUGGGGUGGCAAUGAUAUCAAGAAAAUGGCAGACAGGAAAACAUUAAAGGGACUGAAAGUGACCAUGAAGAAACAUCCAUCUUGUUAUAAACUGAAUGAACCUCUUAAGGCAAAGAAUGCACAAGUACACUCAGAACCUGUGGUCCUAUAUGAUGAAUGAGGUCUGGAUUAUGAGGCGAGACAUUACAGACUAGAAGGGAUCGGGAUGAAAAAUAAGUGCGGCACUCUUGUCUCAUUCCAGCCCCUUUUCAUCCAUACUGCCCUUAUGCAUUUGUGAAUUCUGCGAGGACUUCCUGCGACUACUGAACUUCAACCAGAAAUGGCACAAGGACCGGGUUGCCUAGCCUCGUUGGUGAUACCAAUAGCGGCAAAGCGAGUCUAUUCCUGACA